UAGUUAGUAGUAUAUAAAGUCUCUUCCUUUGGUAAGGAAAAUGGCAUAAGAUCAAUCAUCCUUUCCCUUGUAUAGGAAACACCCAUCAUUGCUCCCAAUAAUCCUUUUCAACCUUAGAAACUUGAGCUUCUAAGAUAUUCCUUCUAAUUCUUCUUCUUCUUCUUCUUCUUCUUCUUCUUCACUUUCACUUUCUCUCAAUUCUCCCUAUAUAACCUCUUUUUUUCAAUCGUUCACAUUUUAACCAUCUCGUGCUUCUUUCAUUCUUCUUCAACAAUGGAUCCCUCUUCCACAAAUUCUGUCAAUGGGUUCUACUCUUUUCUCACCAGAGGCAUCGAUGAUCUCGAAAGGGUUUAUCUUUCAAACAAUUUCAUGUCAAUCCAAUUCCUCCAGAGGGUGCUUUCCUUCCUCAGAUCCUCCCACUCCCAAUUGACCCUUCUUGUCCAGAAACUCCAUUUACCAGUCGGUGAUAAGUGGCUUGAUGAAUAUAUGGACGAGAGUUCUAAGCUCUGGGAAGCCUGUCAUGUACUCAAAUCAGGUAUUUCUGGGAUGGAAAACUAUUAUUCUGCGGGAUUCAACAUCACAAACUCUCUUGACAAUCAUCCCCGACUCAGCCCUCAACUCUCCAGACAGGUGAUUAGGGCGAUUUCAGGGUGUCGCAGGGAAGCAGUUGGAUUGGAGGAGGAGAACAGAGCUCUAAAGGAAACAAGAAUUCAAUCACUCUCUUUGCGUUUCGACGAGAAAGUGUCGGUGGAAUCGAAACUCAACGGCUUCAACGGAUUCCGAGGAGUUCUGUACGCAAUGAGGAACGUGAGUUCUCUACUUCUAAUGAUCUUGCUGUACGGUAUGGUGUAUUGCUGGCCGGAAUCGAGUUUCUUAAGGGGAGGAUACGAGGGGUGUUUGUUAUUCGGGUCGGCGUUUAUGAUAUCGACGGCGAGGUUGCAGCAGAGGGUGGCUGAGGAGAUAGGGCAGAUGAGUGGACGGCCAGGGAUUCUGAUGCACGAGUUCAGGCGGUCGAAGGCAGCGAUGGAGGAGCUGAGAGGGGAACUGGAGAGGAGGUGUGGAGGUGGGGUUUUGGAGUGGGAAGGGGAGGUGGGGAUAAGAGAGAGGGUGGAGAAUUUGAGAGGGUGUUUAGGAGUGUUGAGAUCUGGCGCUGAUAACAUCGCUGCUCAGCUUGAUGAUUUGUUUGAUGAGAUUGUUGAAGGAAGAAAGAAGCUUUUGGACUUCUGCAGUCAUAGGUAAAAGUAGAAGAAGACCAGUUAUCACCAAGACCAGAGAAAUUUGGUUUUUUUUUUUUUUUUUUGGAGAGAAAAAAAUUACAAGGUAGAAAAAUCAGUUGUUGGGAUGGUUUUACUUUUACCUUUUAGUUUUAACCCUUCUUUUUUUUUUCCUUUUUUUUAAUUUUCUUUUAUUCACCUAUGCCUUCCUUCCUUGUGGUUUCUCUGCAUUUUGUGGUUGCUGAUAUUGGAAGAUUUAAAAAAAUGCAAGAGAAUGAGAAAAUUAAAACUA